AUGGCCGACCGCCGCGAUGAAAAGCCCGCGGACUUUCUGCUGCCCGAGACCGUCAAGAGCUGGUUCUCGCACAUGCACACGCACUUGCGCAGCGGCAACGUGGCCGAUAUGGCGCGUCUCUACGACCGCGAGUUCCCCAACCUGACGAACAACUACUUUAAGCAGACGUCGUGGCCCGAGCCGAGCGCGAUCCAGUCGCUCGUGCACGACGACGCGACGUUUUUGCUGCUGUACAAACAGCUGUACUUCCGCCAUUUGUUCUCGCGGCUGCAGCCGGGCAUGGCCAUGAAAGUCGCGUCCUGGACGACGUACGUGGCGCUGUUUGACGGGCUCCUGGACGGAUCGCUGGCGCUCGAGGCGCUGCCGUCGCAGUGGAUCUUUGACAUUGUCGGCGAGUUUGUCUACCAGUGGCAGUCGUACAGUCAGUGGCGGGCCAAAGUCGCGACCAAAGGCGACGCAGAGGUGGCGCUGUACCAGGAGCACCUCUUUAUCUGGGACACGAGCAAAGUGCUCGGCUACCUCCACGCACUCGUGCGCCACUCGAAGAUUGUCGCGAUCUUGAAGGGCGAGCCACACGUGCAAGAGCCGUCGGUCGUGGUCAAGGAGCUCGGGUACUUUAGUCUCAUCACGCUGGCCCGUGCGCACGUGCUGUUUGGCGACUACUACACGUCGCUCAAGCUGCUCGAGCCCAUUGAUCUCUUUGACAAGAGUGCGCGCGGCGAGGCCAAGACGACGGCCCAGAUCCACGAAAAGUCGCCGGGCUGCCACGUGUCGGUGUUUUACCACAUGGGCUUUGCGCAGCUCAUGCUCGAGGACUUUGCUGCAGCGAUCCGGUCGUUCUCGACCAUUAUCUUGCAAGUGAACCGCAACCGCAACUACUACUCGCGGUUUGCUGACUAUGAGCAGCUGCACAAGUUGACGGAAAAAGCGAUGGCGCUGCUCGCGAUUGUGCUGUUUCUGUGUCCGGGUCAGCGCGUGAAUGAGCAGAUCCACUCGCUGAUCCGCGAAAAGUACGGCGACAAGCAAAGCAAGUUGCAGAAGGGCGACGUGUCUGCGCUUAGCGAACUGUUCGGCUUCUCUUGCCCCAAGUUCAUCUUACCCGCUGUGGCAGUAGAAGGUGAAGCUGUUGUCCAUCGCAGCGCCGAGGCUUCGCAGAGGCAGCAGAAGGCGUUUAGCGAUAUGGUGGCUCGCCAGCAGCACGUACCAGCUGUGCGCUCGUACAUCAAACUGUACCGCUCGAUCGACUUGGAAAAGCUGGCGGCUUUUCGUGGGGUUGACGUCGAGAUUGCACGCGCCGAACUCAUGGCCUUGAAGGUCAGCGGCUCGCGUCUGAAGACAGACGUGCAUUUUUUCCUGAACAACAACGUCGUUCUUGUCGACGAAGAAGCAAGCAACCAGCGGACGGGUGAGUUCUUCAUCAACCACAUUCACAAAUUUGCGCGCAUCGUGGACGAGUGCGCUGUUGGUCAGUAG